GCUGGAGUGGGCUGUGAGGCAGGCUGGUAAGUGUGGUGGAAGUAGAACGCCUGAAUGUUUUCCUUUCUGGAAGCAUCGUUCUGCAAACCCUACGCAGGCCAGGCUGCAGAAUCUGCAUCAUUAAAAAUGCUCCCUGUCAGCAGACGGCAAGAUAAAAUUACAGCUUUGGAGGAAAUUUGGUUCUUGCUCGUAAGCACGACGUGAUGUCAUGGUGGGGCUGAGCAGCGUGUGGGCUCCUGACAGUGGGAAGUGCUCCGUGUGGCUCAGACGUGUGGCUUCCUAGCCAGGCUUUCAGAGUUGUCCUGGCACUGUGAGUAAUUGCUUUGAGCACAUUCCGUGAUUUAGUGCUAGGGUGAGCUGCAUCUGGCACUGCUGUAGCUGCACUUACCUUUAAAAAUAGAAGGACAUAAUUUGCUGGAAAUGCUGGAUGCGGGAGUAAAGAGAGCAAAACGUCCGUGGAAUUGAAAGAAUUUUUGAGAAGCCAUUACUUUCUGCGAGUCUGGGAAUUGCUUGUGAGAAAUAGUGGGUCUAAUGCAACGUUCUCCCCUUUUCAUGAGCUUUUCCUGUCCUAGGAAAGUGGGAUCUUCAGUGUGGCGUUUUUGAGUUUUCUGUCUCAUUAUACAUCUGAGUUAAUGUGAUGCUUUGCAGCUGAAGGUGAGUUCAGAGGCUCUCAGCAGGGAAAGGCAGGUGUGGCCUUUCCAUUGUAAGUUAUCAGAAGGAAUGGUUCAGGGUUGCAGCUAAUUCUGUUAUGAUGUAGAUGCCUACUUGAUGGAGCCUUGCUUUACCGUGUGUGUCAUUGGCCACCAAACUGAACUUUGGAAAGUUAAGCUUUCCACUUUACACCCAAGAAGUUGGAAAAAUAGAUAUAGAACAAGAAGACUAUAAUUCUGCCAUAUUGUAAUAGAAUGACAUAAAAGGAAGAAAUUAAAAAAAAAAAACAUUUCCCCCGCCCCUAUAAGAAGCUUUCAUCUCAGCAUUGGGAAUCAUCAUGCAGGAAUAAAAUGCUGCUGUGCUCAGGAUUUAGGGAGAAAGCAGUGUUGCCAUUCAGAGGGUUGUUUGGCUGAUGGUGCUGAGACAGAAAUCAGUGGGGAUGGCUUUGGUGAAAGAGGAGGAGAGCUACUGAACUAAUAACGUAGCUGAACCCAUGUUUGCAGCAGCAUUUAGAACUAGACUGCUGAAGAGCAAACUUAGCUGAUAAGAGGUUUGGCUUAGAGAAACAGUUGUGUCCCUGAACUUUGUAUUAAGGAGAGUGUGAGCAUGUGUGCAGUUAACUGACUUCACAUGUGAACUGCACAAAUGCAUGGAAUUCUGAUAAUGCAUUGCCAAAAUUGUGGAUAUUUCCAUAGCAUGGGAUUACUAGCAGCCUGCAUUUAUCCUAAUUGCUUUUCCUUUGGGAUGCCUGUCUGCCUGCCUUUCGCGUGAGGCCACUUCCUGCUGUCUUAGGAUGUCUGUGCUGGAUUAGAGAAGCAGGAAUCAGAUAGGUAAUGGAGGCAGAUAGAGAUAUGUAAAUAGGAGGUGGCUUAUUUGGGAGAAUUGACACCAAACGUUGUGUAUCCUGUUAGAGAUUUUGCUAAUGGAAAAGAACAAACAAACCUGUAUGUGGGAAUGGGAUAGCAGGGAUUAAGUGAUACUUGUUGAUUUUCCAACGUGCUGUGCACUCUCUGCUUCUUUGACCAUAGGAGGUCUCUGCUGGGUGUUCCAUUGACCUAUGAUGACUUCAUUUGUUAUCUUGCCAUCUCACAAUCUGGGGUGUGAACUCUUACCCAGAGUUUUCUCAAAAUAGGCUGCGCUAUUUAGGGAGUUCCCUCCAGUGCUUGCCUUGUGCUUGGUUCUCUAAAGCUCACUCUUCCUGUCUAACCUCUGUUAACAUCCAGUAACACUUAGUGGCAGUCGCUCUUCCAAAACCUUCAAACCAAAGAAGAACAUUCCAGAGGGAUCUCACCAGUAUGAGCUGCUUAAACAUGCCGAGGCCACGCUUGGAAGUGGUAACCUCAGGAUGGCUGUUAUGCUUCCAGAGGGUGAAGACUUAAAUGAAUGGGUUGCAGUUAACACUGUUGACUUCUUCAACCAGAUCAAUAUGCUUUAUGGAACCAUUACGGACUUCUGCACAGAGGAGAGUUGUCCUGUGAUGUCUGCUGGCCCAAAGUACGAGUACCAUUGGGCAGAUGGGACAAACAUAAAGAAACCAAUUAAGUGCUCUGCGCCAAAGUACAUUGAUUACCUGAUGACUUGGGUCCAGGAUCAGCUGGAUGAUGAAACGCUAUUUCCUUCUAAAAUAGGUGUACCGUUCCCAAAGAAUUUCAUGUCAGUGGCAAAGACAAUUUUAAAGCGCCUCUUCCGAGUUUAUGCUCACAUUUAUCACCAGCACUUUGAUCCAGUGAUUCAGCUCCAGGAGGAGGCACAUCUUAAUACAUCCUUCAAGCACUUUAUAUUUUUUGUUCAGGAAUUCAACCUUAUUGACAGAAGAGAGCUUGCACCGCUUCAAGAACUGAUUGAAAAACUCACCUCUAAGGACAGAUAAAAGGAAGAGGAUUUUAAAGUUACUUGUUUCUUUAAGCAAGCGUGUGGUAUAUGUUUUUUUUGUUGUUGUUGUUCAUUUGUUUUUUUAAAAACAAAAGAAAAACCCGUGCUGUUAUUCCUAACAGCCAAGAUCUACUCUCUGUGCUUUUAUUAGGGGAAAUCUUUUGUCUGUUAGUGACAUGCAGUAAAUAGCUUUUUUUUGAUAGUUAUUCAUUGUGGAAUUUUAGCAGGUGCUGAGUGUUUGUAAAGGAAACAUGCUUGGUUGGGGGUUUGACUCUUCUGGUGGAUGGGUUCUGUAUUGUGUCAAUGGUAGCCCAUUCUAAUGAAGUCCCUGAAAGACUUCCUUAUAUUCUCUAAGUGCCUUGGCAGACUCACUUCUGAGGUGCAAAGCACAUACAAUACUGAACAUUGCUGGAAAUAGAAAAUAUGAAUUAACACCCAAGAUACUUACUGAUACUUGUUUUAGGGAAAAAAAAAUAUACAUAUAUAUACAUAUAUAUAUAAAUACUUACAGUAAAAAAAGCCAUAACUUACUUAAAUCGAUGAUCUCCAGCUUUUAAUACAAAUAUUUGUCUUAUUUUUUUAGAGAGAUUAAUAUAGAUUUUUUCAAAACUAGAUAUUUCUUAUAACAAAAAGUGACGAUGAAAAGUCACCAAAUCAGAAUGAAGAAGGUGGUGUCAAAAUUAUAGAGAACCUGUGGUUAGCAAAUAGUUAAUGUCUGUUGCACUGGUUUUUGCUUUUCAUAGUUGCUCUUAUUUUUUGAACAGGUGAAUAAAAUAGCACCUCAAGUCAGGCACUUCCGUUCAAUUUCCAAGUAUUUGCCAAAUGAACUGUCAGUUUGCACAGCUACAGUUAGAGAAGGUAGUUACUAUUAAAAGUACACUGGAGUAGUACUAAGAAAACUCUGCUUUGAAAAAUAACUCAUGAGAUGAUGUUCCUAAGUUAGAAAUAAAAAGCCCAGCUCUGUGAAGGAACUCUGAUGAUCAGUGUUUUCUACGGUAGGGAAUAUAUGUUGAAGGGAAGAUAAUUUUGUGGACCAUUUAGGAUUAAUGUUAGCACUGUGGUGUUCUUUCACACUUAAAAUUGUUACUUGUCUCCAAAGAACUACAGAAUUUUGGAAAAGUAAUUGGAACAUACCAGUGGUUUAUGAUUUAGCAAGUGCAUCUUUCAUUUGUGAGAAAACAUAACCAAAAUGUCUACUUCCCUCACCUGUGUUGGUCUCUCUGCCUUUCUAUCCUUCUGUUGUCUCAAACCAGACACAAGAAUAGCUUGUGACAAGUUAACUUCUGGAAUGAUCCACGGACAGUGGCUUUGAAAUCUUCGCUGCAACUACAUCAGAGUCUGGUUUCCCAUUGCCCAGAUGUCUCUUGUUCAUUUACGGGCCUUGUAAAAGCUGUUGUAUUUGGGAUACAAAGAAAUCUGCAUUAGGUGGUUCUGCAGUAUGCUAUCCCAUGAUAUCACUAGUUGCCAAAUACAAUGCAGUAGAUGAUUAACACUGCCAGGCUUUGCUAGAUUGUGACUGCUACAGCACCUUUUUUGGACCUUAGUAAUGUGAAUGCAUCAAUUGAGCAGUGUAUAUGACCCAAGUAACUCUCAAAACUAAAAAAUGUACAGGUGAAGCCAAGGUUGGUGUAUGGCAGAGAAGUUGUGCAUAUGCUUUGGGUACCUCUGCUAGACUGAAAACACAAGCCUGCAAAAUAUAUAAGUGGCCAUUAAUAUAGCCAGCUAAGAAAUAUUUAAGCACAAUAACAAAUAUAUGUUCAUUUUAGUGACUAGAAUCAUUACUUUUAAGUUAAAAUAAUAUAUUUCAGAAUCAUCUAUAACUUAUUUUAAGAACAAUGUUAUUCUUCAAUGGAGUUGAAUUUCCUAGUCAGAAUGAAAAUCAGUUUAAACUUCUGUUACUUCUGUCUCUUUUUUUCUUUUUUUUUUUUUCCUUCUCACCAGGCUUAAGAACAGUUAAGACGACCUAGUAUUGAAAUAGAGAAAUGGCCUUGUUUGCUCAUUUCACAGGUUUUCAUUUAGAAAUGGAAACAAGUUGUCUUCUUGAAGAGUGGUGAAGAGUAGUCAUGCAGUAGCAUUCAUAGUGAGUUUAGGUUUGGUUACAGUAUAUGUUAGGUACAGUAACUGCUUGCAAAAUAGCUGCAGUUUAGCCUAUGUAAUUCAGAGAGUACUUGGUUUCAUUAGAAGCUUCAUUAAAGUUCAAAAAUCAUAGAAUAUGUUUUGGCUCCUCUGCAGGACAAGGUCAUUUUCCAGUAGAAACUGCUUAUAAGUUAAGGACAUGAGAAAAUUGUAUUUACUCGUCUUCAUCCUGUGUGACAUAAGAAGCUGAAGCAAUUUUCCUAAUUGUGUGACUAUCAAAGGAAAUUGCAUGAUUUUUCUUAAUGCUGAGAGAUUGGAUUGGAUUGAUCACAGUCCACACUGGAAGAAUGAGGUGGAUCAGGCCGAUGAUGCAAAGAGAGUUUUCCCUCAAAUGUUUUGACAAAUUCCAAGUUUGAAAAGAGUAAGGUCUUACCCCUUCUCAUCCAGUAACAAUUUUGAUUCUCCCAUUUGUACAUAUAUACCUGGGAGAUUUAGAAGAGAGGUGCCUAGUAUCUCUCUGAUAACUCUUCAGCAAGUUGGGGGAUAGAAAAAGAACUGUGAGGGUACAAGACAACUGAAGGCAAAAACAAAUGAGGUACAAACACCAUUUCCUUUUACUUGGGCGAGCCACUUACAGCUGCAGCAUUCACCCCAAUGCUUUUGUCAGAUUUGCUGUUCAUAGGACAUACCUGGUUGGGUAAACUACUUGUAGGGAUGGUGUGUAUCAUCCAUGACAUCUUUUCAGCUGCAAACUUGUUUUUAACUGAGCAGGAUACUGGCAUCUAAUUGGGAUGUGACCGUGAGCCUGGUUGGGGAGCUGUAGCUAGUUCUGGGUGGAGGACUGGAGGGCUCUGUUAGCUCAGGACUGAAUAACACGAAAGACUGACAUUGCAGUUAUGGAGGUGGAGAGCAUCCUCCUGACUGUGUAAAAGCAGCUUAGCUCCUAAAUUUGAAGUGUGCUUUUAUAAAUGGACUUCAGUCAUGCAGGAAGCUGAAUUCAGAACAUCUUGCACACGCAGCCUUUUAUGCAUACUUCUGUCUGAGAAGUGUUUAAUGACUGAAACUUUCCAGCUUGAGAGGGAGAUCGGCAUCCAGCUACAGAAGCGUGAAGAGUGCUGCAGAUGCAGCUUGAUAUUAAAAGUUUGAUAAAAUUACCAGUGAAAACUGCUUUGCUGAGUUGAUUCAGUGCUGCUCAUAGGCUGUGUGUGUACAUUCUCUGUGCUGAUAAUGCUUCUUGGAGCCUUUCAGCCAGCACCAGAGCCCUUGUUAUCACAUUGCAAUGAGACCGGAGAGUGGCACAAGUCUGCACCAAGGUGCUAAACAGGAGAUAUUCUCCAUCAGAUUUAAAGCUGUCUUACCAGUUUUUGUGUUGAAAAAAGAAUAUUUAGAAGUGAGGAUUUGCUAUGAUUGAUGCCACUGCAGUUGCUUACCUCAUUUUCCACUCGGGAGCAUUUUUCUUUUUUUCUUUUUUCCUUUUUUUUUCUUUCUUUAAAGCUCCCAAUUCUAGAAAUUCAGAGGCUUCUGCUGCAGUUCACUGAAUCAGAAUUUGAAUGUAUUAUAAAAAGGAUUAGUCUUAAAGGGAUGGUGUAUCUUUUUGUAUUUAGUAUCUGCCAGUAAAAGCAGUUUUACAGAACAGUUUGUAGGCAUGUAAUAAAAGCUUGGAGAUCUUGAUUUGUCUGACAGCAGUGUGAACACGCUGUUUAAUUAUACAACACUUGAAAAUAACAGCAUUAAUGAUAUGUGUGCAGUAUUUGGGAUUCAGCAUCCCUAUGCUGUUUAUAUUUGCAGCUUUUAUUUUUAUUUUGGGGUUUUUUUUGUUUUUUUUUCUUCAAAAAAGAUGUGGGACCAGAAGUUCAUGUGUGUUUACACUUUUGAAGUAAGGGCACAUCACAAUGCUACGCGAAAGUCAUGUUUUACAAGCUGAAUCUGAAUAGAUUGAAUGUGUUUAUAAAAUAGUGCAUUGUCUGGGGGGAGGACACCUCUCACUCCAAAAUAAAACCCAGAGAAAUGAACCCUGAAGAAAAUCUGCUGCUUUAGGCCCAUGUUACAGGUGGAUUCUGUUACAGGUGGAUCCUGUUAGGUGUCAUGAGCGCUUUGAAACAAAACUCCUCUGCUUCGUUGUCAAUGGGAGCAGAAGGUGUUGAUGGGCUGCCAGUGCUUGCCGAGGCCUUCCAGUCAGUAAUGUCCUUACACGCUGCUGUUUGGGGUGUUUGUCAGCUACCAGCAUGCUGAACAUGUCAGUGAUUCCGAUGGUAACUUCAGGAGGUCACCUACCUCUAGAUGGGAUGGGACAAAGUGUGAAGUUGAUCACAUUUGGUCACCGUUGCCAAUGUUGACACCGUUGCGAUGGUGUUGGGUAUGUUGUGCUUGUGUCUUUCACAUUCAAGUUAGGGACGCAAGCUGAUUUUUCACUGCAAUUUUAAAAAUGCCACAUUUUGCUGUUGCAGGUAGCUGAGAGGAGAAAACAGGUUUCAAAGGGCUGACAGCCCGUCUGCAAGUACCAAGUUUCUUUAACUGCUUACUAUGCAAUGUGGAGCUUUGAAUUUUAGCUUUUACUUCCAGAUAGAAAGGAGCGCUGUCCUUUUUCAGUAUUUAGGACUGAGCACUUCAAUCUCCCUGAUGUUCCUUUAACAGGUAAAGGAUACCUAUUUGCUGCUAUGGACUUUACGUACCUUUCAGAUCGUUCCUUUCUGUUUCUCGCCUCCCCCUUCUCUUGAGCCACGUGACACAAUUUUAUUCUGAACGCAUCCUUUUUUGGGUAGCUCUCUUUCUUACCAGCCUCUCUCCCCUUCCUACCUGCCAGAGUGCUCUAUGGCUGUCUAUAACCCCCUUUUUUAGUUGGACUAUUUAAAAAGGUGCAGUGUGAGUGCGGACUCCUUGCUUUUCUUUCACUGAGAAUCACUUUACUCUGAAUCUUGUUUCCUUCAUUGCCAUUUGAUUUUUCCUUUACUAGUGCGCUAGUAAAGCCACGAGCAGUUUGAUGAUUGCCUGCCCUCUUUUCCUGGAUGUCUCACCUUGCAAUAAGAGGCUAACAUUUGUCUGUGUAAGUGCUGAACCUUCGCACCGUCCUGCUUUUCUUUCCGCUUCUUUAUAACCAGGUUAAGAUUGCAGUCGAGAUGAACAUCGGAUUGCUUUUGCUUUAGAAACAAAUUCCCUGAAUCGUUCCUAGAGUAUUGUAUUUUUAGGGGAAAUUAAUUCGUAUAGCCACUAAGCUAAGCUCAUUAUUUUUGUAAGCUGGCAGCUUCUGCCGCCGUCUGAGCAGCGCCGCAGAGGGAAGGCCGCUGCGCGGCGGGCCGGCCGCCCGGCUGGCGUCCGUGUGCGCGGGGAGGGGAAGGCGGUCGGAGUGAGGUCUCAGCAGAAGGCCAUUUCUAAAGGAGAAAAGCAAAACAGCGCAGAAGCAACGCUAACACGGCCUCCUCGUUUGCAGUCUUUCAACGCCCGGGAGAAAAGGCGGUGCCGGAUGGGGAACGCGAGAGCAGAGCCCUUGCUGUCGCUCACCGUGCCAACGUUCCGUUCCCAGGCACCGCUCGGGAUUUCGGUUUUAAGCGGGAACGGCUUUUGCUGUACGGUAACAACAGCUGAAUGUCUGAAAAUCCGCACCGUGUUCGAGAGUUGUAAAUAAUGUAUACAGAUCGCUGUACGUGACGGGACAGAAUAUUUAAAUUCUAGGUUUUUUCAACAAGAAGCUGAAGGCUGUUUAUAAGAGACAAUAAAUAGCUGUGUUUCACCA